AUGGCGUCGCAGCAGCCAGAUGCAGAGCAGAAUGAGCGAUUCUCAUCGCUCGCUCUCUUUUUGGUGCUGUUCCUGCUGAUGGGCAGUUUUCUUACGAGCUACUAUCUCAAAGUCAAGCGGAUCACAGCUGUGCAUGAGACUAUCGUCGGCAUGUUUGCCGGCAUGUUUAUUGGCCUCAUCUUGCGUCUGGACGCGUUGAAGCCUGUGCGUGAAAUGCUGACAUUUAGCGAUACUAUUAUGCUCAACGUGCUUCUGCCGCCGAUUAUUUUGGCUAGUGGCUACGAAAUGAGUCAGGCCAAAUUUUUCCGGAACUUUGGCACCAUUCUCACAUUCGCGUUCUUCGGCACGUUUGUAAGUGCCGUCGUGAUCGGCUUGGUCGUUUGGCUUGCGUCGGUGUUGCGCCUGGAACGACCCCACUUAUCGCUCUUGGAGUGCCUUAUUUUUGGCAGCACACUCAGUGCUACCGACCCUGUGACCAUCUUGGCCAUCUUUAAGACGUACAAGGUCGACCCGCAGCUGUACAGUAUUAUUUUUGGAGAGAGUAUUCUAAACGAUGCCGUGUCGAUCGUCAUGUUCGAGACGCUCAAUGAGCUUCGUGGCUCGCAUCUUUCGUUCACGACGUUGUUUUAUGGAGCUGGUUUCUUUGCGGUGGUGUUCUCUGUGAGUAUGGUGCUGGGUGUGCUGUUUGGUCUUCUGUGCUCGCUACUGCUGAAACAUACGCGGCUAGGCAUGUACCCGGAACUGGAAAGUUGCAUUGUGAUGAUUGUGGCCUAUGUCAGCUACUUCUUUAGCAAUACCGUGGAAAUGAGCGGCAUUGUUUCACUCCUCUUUUGCGGGAUUACGCUCAAGCACUAUGCAUUCCACAACAUGUCGGUUCGUACACAGCGGACGACCAAGUACAGCUUCCAAACGUUGUCAAGUCUCUCGGAAAACUUUAUCUUUAUCUACCUCGGUCUCAGUUUGUUCACAGGGGACCACCUCGUUUUCCGGCCAAUGCUGAUUCUGUUCACACUAGGGGCCGUCGUACUGUCACGCUACUGUGCCGUGUUCCCCAUUGCAUGGGCACUGAAUCAAUUGGGGGAGUGGCGCUCUCGUCGGCGGCAAUUGCGCGCGCCAGGGCUGCCCGAUACGCCGUACAAUCUCCCUCGGCACUACCAGCUGAUGCUUUUCUGGGCCGGCUUGCGUGGCGCUGUCGGCUUUGCGCUCAGCGCAGGCAUCCAAGGCGAGAAUGCCUAUGCGCUGCAAACGGCUGUGCUUGUGGCCGUGGUCGUAAGUGUGAUUGUGUUUGGUGGUACGACAGCCCAAAUGCUGCAGGUCUUGCAGAUUGACACGGGUGUGGACGACGAUGAAGCGGACUCGUCGGCGGACGAAGAGGGCGAUGUGGAAACACAGCCCUGGAUCCGUGUGCCUACGCGACCACCAGCACGGUACCGCGAUCAGCAGUGGUCGUCUGAUCCAUCUCGUUCGGCCGCUUUGCCCGACGAGCAUGAAGUGCUGCCCGCGUGGAAUGGCUCCAGCAGUGCUUUGCCGCAGGCGAUUGUGGCAGGGCCCGGUGGCUUGCGCAGCGUAUCUACUGACGAUUUGGAUGAUACACUGGACAUGGAUGCGCCUCCUGAGAUGCCUCGCGUCGCUCGUGAUGUGCUGGAUCAAGCGAAUGUGAUUUUCCGUGAUGGACAAUGGUUCCAGCGCAUUGAUGAGCGGUACCUGCUCCCCAUGUUCAGCAACACAGUGGCGAAUCGCAAGCAUGAACAGCGUCGUGAGCAAAUGCAAGCGCGAAGAAUGGCAUCGCGUGAGUAUCCUGUAUGGAACGAGUCUUCGACGUCCAUCCCUGCAGCGGUGCCGUACGAUCGCGAAGCGGAUGCGUCGCCCAGUUCGGCGCAUGGUGGCCGUGCAUCGCCAUCGAAGAACAAACUGCACUAG